GGGACUGGGCGGACCCCUGGAAAGAACUCCGCCGCAGACUUGUCCGGACUUCUUCGGCCAGCCAGCAGAAUUGUCGUUCCGUUUGGAGUCGCUGCACCGCUGAGAAGAGGAAGACUUUGUCAGCGCGCUCGCCCCUGACGACAUCGCGGACCGGACUGCUCGUCGACCUCCUGAAGGCCGGGCGGAGAUGGUUCUGCACGCUUGCGUCCUGCUGCUGCCCCUGCUGUGCGCGUGUUCUGCCCGGCCGCAAACAGGGGCGUCCCGCUCAGCGAACCACCAAACGGAGGACUGGCACGUGGAAGCCUCGCUAGCGGGCACGGCCCUGCUCCCGUGCAAAUUCUCCACGGCGCCGUCUGCGCCCGCGGAGGGCGAGCGGCCCAGGGUCAAGUGGACUCGCGUGGAGGGCGGGGCGGAGAGGGUGGUCCUGGUGGCUCAGGGAGGCGUCGUCAAGGUGGGCCGGGACUUCGAGGGCCGCGUGUCGUUGCCCGAGCGAGGCGACGCCGCUUUGGCCGUCGUCGGGCUGCGGGCCGGCGACGCCGGGCGAUACCGAUGCGAGAUCACGCGAGGGAUGGAGGACAGACGCUCCGGCGCCACCCUCAGCGUCAAAGGUGUGGUGUUCCACUACCGGCCCAACGGCAGCCGCUACUCACUGGACUUCCCGGCGGCGGCGGCGGCGUGCCUCUCGGCGGACGCCGCCAUCGCCACGCCGGACCAGCUGACGGCCGCCUUCCACGACGGCCUGGACCGCUGCGACGCGGGCUGGCUCGCCGACCGGACCGUCAGAUAUCCAAUCACGCGACCCCGUCCGGGGUGCGAAGGUGACCUGAAGAGUCGACCCGGUGUGCGAACAUACGGCGUCCGAUCAGCCACCGAGAAAUACGACGUCUUUUGCUACGUUGGCAAACUAGACGGGGAGGUCUUCUACCCGCCGUCCGUCAGCGGCAAGCUAACGCUGCGGGAGGCGGCGGCCGAGUGCGCGAAGCGCGACGCGGCGCUGGCGUCGCCCGGGCGGCUGUUUGCCGCCUGGGGGGCGGGGUUGCACCGAUGCGACUACGGCUGGCUCUCGGACGGCAGCCUCCGCUACCCCGUCAACGUCCCCCGACCGCAGUGCGGGGGCGGCCGGCUGGGGGUCCGCACGCUCUACAAGUACGACGACCAGACGGGGUACCCGGACCCGGGUGACAGGCACGGAGCGUACUGCUUCAAAGCCAAGCUCCCAGGAGCGACAAGUCCCACCAGCGUCCGGGUCGCACCAGAACCCAGGGGCACAAGUGCCCAGCGCGAUUCACCGACAUCCCACCCAGUGACAUCUCAGCUCCGAACAAGACCGCUCACUCAUUCGGAGUCGCACGACGACGAUGUCAUCACGGAGCGCGGGCCCACACGCCUGGAGUCGCUCUUUCCUGCCACGUCGUCGCGCCUCCCUGCCGCUCGAGGGGGGUCGGGCAGCGGCGACGGCGCUCCUAGCGCGUCGUCGCUGGCGCCGCUUUUGCCCGACUGGAGCGUCGCGCAUAAAACGGCGUCGGGCUUCAAAGAGGAAGCUCCGCCCGUCAGCUUUAACGUCAACCGAUUGUUGGCUCUGCCCGGCGAGGGCGGAUCCGCGGCCAAGCCGCCGUUCCACUUCAUCGUAGUCAACCUGCAGGACCAAAAUCAAUCAGUCGAUCGCAUCCUGCAGCUCCUCAAUUCGCCUGCGGACGGCGCCGUCGGCUUGCCGCAAAUCUCCGACCUCUCGCAGUCGAUCGCCGAGCUCGUCCACGGCGACGGAGACGCCGAUGCCGCCGACGAGCCUCUGCCGACCGUCAGCUUUGUCAGCGGGAGACACAAAGUGACGUUAGACGCAGGGCCGCCCGAGGAGGCGCGAGGGGAUCAGUUUGAGACCGCCGCCCCCGUUCGGGUGGCCGAGGAAGAGGCGAGCGUGACGCCGUUUGACUACGUCGCCCUGGAAGUCCCAGCGGAGGAGCCCCCCGCGGAUCCCGUGACCGACACCCGCCAUCUAGACCACCUUUCUUAUUUCCCGAAUACAGCGUCGCCGAUAAGGAGCGCCACCCCCACCGCCUCGCCCUCGGAGGCCAGCACGGACGACGCCCUCGCCGGCGACGAGGCGGAACUCGGAGGCCCCGAGGGUCCCUCGUCCGCCCCGGAAACUGCGAAGCGUGAGACCGGGGUCCACGCGGAGGACGUAGAGGGGUCUACUUCCGGCGAAGACGACGGCGAGAUGGAGGAGGCGCCGUCCGCACCUGUGGGCGGCGACAAAGAGGUGGGGUCCGGUGCGGAGCAGGUGGCAGGAGACUGGGAGGCUUCAGGAGAGCGGGGCGGUCCCAUUCCUGAAGAAAUGUUACCAACACCCCCGGACCCUGGAGACCACGUGGCGGAAGAACCAUCCGCCCGCCCCCUAGCUGCCGUCACGGUCGGCGCCAAACAGCCUCCAUUUAACCCUCGGCCGCACCCCGCCAACCUUCACCAAGAGACGACGACCUGGCCGUUUACGGGCCAACAAAAGGUUUCCGCUACCGCUCGGCCCUCGCGAGACGUCGACGCCCGUGUCGUCCCCCGGCGGGCGCCGACCCCCGCCCGGGCCGACGUGCCGACCCCGCGGGAGGACUUCCUUGCCUACGACCGCGAGAUGGCCCCCCGGCCGGCGGAGCGGCGGCCCCCCGGGCCCGAGGAGACCGUAGAGCAGCCUGACCCGCUGGACGUCGGCUUCAUCAAUGUCACGGAUAUACCGCCGUGCUCCGUGGAUGUGUGUCAAAAUGGCGGCUCCUGCUACCAGAGGGGCUCAGAGAAGGUGUGCGCAUGUGCACCAGGAUACACCGGGGGGCGCUGUCAAACAGACGUGGACGAGUGCGAUUCCAACCCGUGUCUCAAUGGCGCCACCUGCCUGGACGCCGCCAGCGGCUUCUCCUGCCUGUGCCUGCCCAGCUACGCCGGGGAGCUGUGUGAACAAGACACGGCGUCGUGCGGCUCCGGCUGGCUCAAGUUCCAGUCUCACUGCUACAAGGCCUUCCGCCGGCGCCGCACUUGGGACGCCGCCGAGCGCGAGUGUCGCCUCUACGGCGCUCACUUGGCCAGCGUCCUGUCGCCGGAAGAGCAAAUCUUCGUCAACCGUCUGGCCGGCGACUACCAGUGGAUCGGCCUCAACGACAGGAUGUUCGAGAGGGACUUCCGCUGGACCGACGGCAAUCCCGUGCAAUUUGAGCACUGGCGCCCCAACCAGCCCGACAGUUUCUUCGAGUCGGGCGAGGACUGCGUGGUCCUCAUCUGGCACGACGGCGGCCAGUGGAACGACGUCCCGUGCAACUACCGCCUCGCCUUCACCUGCAAGAAGGGCUCAGUGUCGUGCGGGCCGCCGCCCGCCGUGCGGGGCGCCCGCGUGUCCGGCGCCCCGCGGACCCGCUACCGAGCGAACGCCGUGACGCGCUACCGCUGCGAGGCGGGCUUCGUCCAGAGACACGCCCCCACCGUACGCUGCCGCCCCGACGGCCGAUGGGACGCCCCCAAAGUCACCUGCUUGAGGCCGGUCGCCCGCAGCGCGUCCUCCUUUUCCAUCUCCUGCGUCCUCCUCUCCGACACCGACCGCCCUCACGUCUUCCCUCACGACAUCCAUCAAGCUUCUCUUUGGCCUUCCUCUCGCUCUCUCGCUCUCUCGCUCUCUCGCCUCAGGACGUUUCCUAACCGUCCACGUCCGCUCUUUCCAAAACACGGAACCUCGGCCGUCCCUCCGAUGAGCUCGUUUCUCAUUUGAUCCGACCCGGUCACUCCGAGAGCGAACGUCGACCUCUUCGUGCGCUCCGCUUCCUGUCGUCUCUUCGGCGCCGCUGUCUCUGAUCCGUCCACCGCGGCUGGCCUCGCCGCCGUCUUCGAAACGAGCAGAGACUCUUCUGUCACGUAACGCACCCGACGCCUUCCUCCACCCGUUCCGACCCGCUCGGACCCGUUCCUUCACGUCCUGACCACACUCCCCGUCGCUCCGGACGGUCGACCCCGAGCAUUUCAAGUCGUCCACCCUCGCCAUCUCUUCCCCCGCCACCGCUUCUCUCAUUCGUGCACGUAUAUCCUGCCUUACUCGGGCUCAUCUUCAUUCCUCUGCUUUCCGGCGCAUGAGUGGAUGAUGGAUAUUAAUAGCGUACGGUGGGACGAGCCGAAAGGCACAACAGCAGUAAGGCAGCUUCCCGACUCCCAAUUUUGCUACACGAGGCAAAAAAAAAAACCAAACAAUUCAACCGAGCGAGUCAAGGCACCGCUGUAACACCGUUGCCGUAGCAACGGAAGUCACGCCGUGUUGUACUUCCUCUCAGCGGCGACCUAUCGCACGCGGCGGACCGACGACGCGUCCACCGGGUGACCGAUCGCCAGGUCGCUUCCAGAGGGACAAACGCCAACCGACGUCCUUCCUGGCGCCGGCGAGCGGUCGCUGAGACGUCCGUCCCUCGACACGUGAUUGGACCUUGAGGGCAAACAGUCAUGUGACUUUUUUGGGGGGGAUUGUUUUUCACACACGCCUGCUUUGAGAGGAUAUUCUGGGAUGUCAUCCGUCCGUUUGCUUUUUGGGCGACCGCUCGGGACGCACCGUCACAUCGCCGCGGAGACGGCGACUGUUCGCUUUUUCUCUGCUCGACUUUUUGUGUAGAUUUAGUUUUUUUGUACAAUUGAAUUUUAAAAGUUGUUGUUUUUGACUGUAAAGUAUCCGAAGCCACAAGAGUUUAACUUAUUGUAUUGUGACGUCGGAAAAGUCAUUUUCAAAUGUUUUUGUUUGACGGCGAUUCUUCAUAAACGUGUGAAACGGA